CUGUGGUGCCUGUUGCUGUUUUGUCAGUGUUUUGGCUUCAGGCAGGUACCAGUAACGCUCCCUACGCUGCUGAGAUCCCCGGCGGAGGGAGAGAGGAAAACAGCACWGCGGGAAUCAGCAGGCGUACUCCUUGGACUUUGCAUGAAGCCACUAAUUUGCACCAUGCUCCCGCAGUGUUCACAGGAACUCCUGAAGAUUGCGAAUCCCCGGCGCCUGAUGCUGAACCAGUAYCUGAGAAAGCACAGAGGAGCUUUCAGCACCAAGGCGCUGCCUGCGGGCCGCAGGAGAGUGGUGGUCACAGGCAUUGGCCUGGUGUCCCCCCUGGGCGUGGGGACCCAGUUGGUGUGGAGCCGCCUGCUCCAAGGCGAGAGCGGGAUCGUGUCGCUGGACGGGGCCGARUACGCCGGCGUGCCGUGCAGAGUGGCGGCCCGUGUGCCGAGGGGGAAGGAGGAGGGCCGGUUCGAGGAGGAGCGCUUCGUGUCGAGAGCGGAGCUGCGGUCCAUGAGCGGCGCCGCGGUGAUGGCCGUCAGCGCGGCCGAGCUGGCCGUGGCCGACGCCGGCUGGGCGCCGCGCAGCGAGCGGGAGCGCCGCGCCGCCGGCGUGGCCAUCGGCAUGGGCAUGGUGCCGCUGGAGGAGAUCGCCCACGCCGCCGCCUUGUUCCAGGAGAAGGGCUACAGCAAGGUCAGCCCCUUCUUUGUGCCCAAGAUUUUGGUUAAUAUGGCAGCGGGGCACAUCAGCAUUAGGUACCAGCUGAAGGGGCCCAACCACGCYGUGUCCACCGCUUGCACCACGGGCGCGCACGCUGUGGGAGACUCCUUCAGGUUCAUUGCCUCCGGUGACGCUGACGUGAUGCUGGCAGGAGGCACGGAGGCUUCUAUUAGCCCCUUGUCCCUGGCUGGCUUUGCGAGAGCUCGCGCCCUCAGCACCAGCUUCAACUCGAGCCCUAAAUUGGCCUGUCGGCCGUUUGACUCCCGGAGGGAAGGGUUUGUGAUGGGAGAGGGGGCAGCAGUGCUGGUGCUGGAGGAGCACGAACACGCCGUGCAAAGAGGUGCCCGCAUCUACGCGGAAGUUUUAGGUUAUGGACUGUCUGGUGAUGCUUGCCACAUUACAGCACCUGAUCCAGAGGGAGAUGGGGCUUUCAGAUGUAUGUCUGCAGCAAUAAAAGAUUCUGGAAUCAAACCUGAAGAUAUAACAUAUGUCAAUGCACAUGCAACUUCUACACCUCUAGGAGAUGCUGCUGAAAACCAGGCAAUCAAGAGACUUUUUAAAGAUCAUGCGCGUAACGUGGCAGUUUCCUCCACGAAAGGAGCAACAGGGCAUCUCUUGGGGGCUGCAGGAGCCAUCGAAGCAGCUUUUACAGCACUGUCCUGUUACCAUGGAAUUCUGCCACCUACUCUAAACUUGCAGAAAACUGAGGCAGACUUUGAUCUCAAUUAUGUUCCACUAACAGCUCAGGAGUGGAAAACUGAAAAGCGACGCAUUGCGCUCACAAAUUCAUUUGGCUUUGGUGGCACUAAUGCAACUUUGUGCUUUGCCAGUGUUUAACUUGCGUCAGAUGCGGGAACAGUGAAUUUUUAUGGUGCUCUGAAAAAUGACAUCAGUAAUGACUUUGUGUACGGCCACGUUUUGUGUAUACUGUGCAAUCUUUUUCAUUUUUCUCAGCUUUGAGACUCGCUCAAUUCACAUAUGGAACUUUACUCAGCCUAACAGUCACAUCAGUAAUUCUGUUAAAGRUAGGGAUUUUACUUCAUUCAUUUUAAUAUUAAUAAAUAAAAGGUCUCUUCUUUGUGCGGUAAAGAAGCUUUUGGUUUUGACUGGAAGAAGAGAAUUGCAGUAGCUAGUCUGAAUAUAGGUUUUUUUGUGAGAAGUGGAUGAAAGUGGUGAUAAAUACUGUAUYUGAAUUGUUACAUUUCUGGCUACUGUAUUUCUUGACACCAUCAAUUUGGGAACCUUAAGUGGCCAACCUAAGUGAAUUGCAUUUUGCUUAUACAGUGCACAAAUAAAUUUUCAAAUAUGAAUUUUUCUUUAAAGCCUUUUGGCCUUCUGUUUUUCUAAAUUUGCUUUCCACAAUGUUCUUUUCAGCAGUCCGGAUAGAGUAUCAUCUAUGAAUAUAUACAGUAUCAGUUUCAUUUAAUGAAAAGAAGUGGUGGGUGUCAAUGCUUUUGGUAGGCUCUUGUCUCAUAGCUUACAGACUUUUUUGGUUUUAUUGUUUCUUUUUUAUUAUCAGAAGUUCAUAGGCUGGUAUGAUCAGAGAAUCCCUUUCAGACAGCUGAAUCAUGAAUUUGGAAAAAAAAAAUGCAGUGAAUUUGUUCCAGAUACAAAGUUUCUUCAGGUACUUAGGGUAGAAUAUGGGGAGACGAGUUAUUGCUGCACUGUUAAGGACCUAGUGUACAAUUUUAAUAAACUCACCCAAUCCUGUUAAUUAUUGUUACAAAAUUAAUUGGAAAUCUGUUAUUAAUA